CACAUUGUUCGUCCGGGCGCGCUCCCCGUCCCUCUCCCCUCCCUCCUCCUCCUCCGCCCGUCCCUCUCCCCUCCCUCCGCAGGUCCCUCCUUCUCUCUCGUCACCGGGCGCUGUAUAAAUCCGCUGCCCCGGCGCCUUCCCCCCCCCGCCGCGGGAGACCCUGGUACUUUGGCCCUCAGGGCCGGGCGCCGCCGCCGCCUCCGGAUCUCUGGGACUUUGCCCUCCCCCCCGAGCCGCCUCUCUGCCCGCCGCCACUCGAAUCGAGGAUGUCGGAGAAACGCGCUGAGGAGGCGCCGGCGGAGCUUAGCGCUAAGGAAAUGAAAGAAAAGAAGGAAAAACUGGAGGAGAAAACAGUGCAUAAAGAAAAGAAGAAGGAGAUAGUGGAGGAUGAGGAAAAUGGAGCUGAAGAGGAUGAUGAAGAGAAUCCUGAUGAUGUGGAUGAAGAAGAAGGUGGUGAUGAGGAUGAAGAAGGAGAUGAGAAUGGGCAAGAGCAGGAUGGUCACGCAGAGAAACGAUCUGCAGAGGAGGAAGAGGAUGAAGUGGAUCCAAAGAGACAGAAGAAAGAAAACGGGUCUUCAGCUUGAGUCCUCCCCUCCCAUCUCAUCUGUUCCGUCCAUCUUUCCUCCUCCAUUCCAGCCUGUGCUUGCACUGUCUAGCCUCUGGCUUCACAUGAUCUCAGAUGAGGAAAGAUUAGAAAUGCUCUCAAACAGGGAAGACAGCAGUUUUCUCCCUCACCUGAAGACCUAGCUCAUCUGUGACAUUCCCCAGCUGAAAUUAUUCCAGUCCCCCACAUCCUUCCAGCUGUGCCCCGCUUACAAAUGAUCCUUUUUUCCCCAUGAAUCUUACGGUUUCCUGGAGCCUCGUAUGUCCUUUUGCCAGGCCCAUGUGCCAGGCUCUUCACGUGGCAAGCACCUCUCCUUCAAUUUUUCACUUCCCCUCCCUUUUAGUCACUAGUAUGACUGAGAUUCUUGACAGCUUCUGCUCCCAGAACUGCUGUUGGAUAUCAUCCCAGAGUCCAGGAGGCUGCGGGCACAGAUUUCAUGGUGCGUUUUCCAGGCCUAGGCCUCCUCUCAUCUGCUUUCCCACUGAACCCUGAAAGACAGAAAGAAUACUACAAGCAAAUAAUGGUUCUAUUAAACAACGUAUGGAGACAGAAUUUUAUUUUAAGCUUUUUUUCUUCUUUUUUUUCCAAGUUUACAUGACAUCAAGCUGGCCCUCAUGAAUUUUUCAGAAGAUAAGGGUUGUUUUUAUAUACGAAUAUCAUCUGAAGUGCGUAUUUUUUUAAUUUGGAGGCUUUUUUAAAAUAAAUCAAGAGAAACAAUUGGGGACCAAACUUUGAUUUCCAUUUCUUCCCUUCAGAUUUUCUUGUGACCAUUUUUUGUAAAUUAAAGGUAAUAUAGCCACAGCAUUUUCUAUGGCAUAGACAUCACAAGGAUGAUAGAUAUAUAUAUUGUUUUCAACUAGCACUGUAAAUAAAAGUGUUUAAAAAUA